AUGCCGAAAGAAUGCUGUGAUUGCAAGCUCUAUCGAAACACACGAUGCUUUAAUUGUGACACAACUACCACACCACUAUGGCGACGUGACGAUGUUGGUAAUAAUAUAUGUAAUGCUUGUGGGCUAUACUAUAAACUACAUAACGUACAUCGUCCACUGUCUAUGAAACGCAGCAUCAUACAUAGAAGAAAACGA